UAGCCGCGCGGAAAAGGUGCUCUGCCAGCCGAGUUUGGAGCUACCCGCUCCCCGGCGGCCCGCUCUUGUCAGGCUGCUUCCGGCCGGAGCGGAAGGGGAAGGGCGGGGCCUCGGCACGCCGCGUGGCAUGAUGGGUAUCUUGCAGCCGAUGCCCGCGGUCGUAAUGGUGGUUCCGUGUCCAAGUCAGUGCGGUGGGCGGUCUUGCCGUCCUGGCCCAGUUUUGUGGGCUGCGAUGUUCACCCCAGCCGGUCAACAGCAGGCACAACCUCAGUCUAUGAUGUAUCAACACACACAAAAUGCUGAGGUUUCGAUUUUCAAAUACUCAUUUCUGGCAGGAUGCAACUCUAUUGGAACAGAUAAGGGUUUUCUGUGGAUAAGAAUGUUCGCUGCAGCCACAAAGAACUUUGUGAAACAGGUUGGAGAUACAGGCAGACUGAAACCAGUUCCUGAUCUGAGUGAGGCUGACAGAUAUCAACCACUCAGUCUCGUAACAAAACGGACAAAAUCUUUUUUCUGGAAGAAGAAGAAAUACAGCUCUACUCCUUUCACUCUGAAGGACAUUCUUGUUGGAGAUAAAGAGAUUUCUGCUGGCAUCUCUUCUUAUCAGCUACUCAAUUAUGAAGAUAAGUCAGAUGUUUCUCUGAGGGGGAAAAUGGGAGAUCAUGUUAUUCAUGAUGUUGGAAUGAAGGUUGAUGGAUUGUAUUCAGUGGCAGUGAAAGCUUCAUUUGGAAUUGUAACAAAACACGAGGUUGAAGUUCCCGUUCUGCUGAGUGAGAUCAUCAACAGAAAAAUUGACAUGGAACAUUGCCUUGUCCGUCAGUUGAAAGAAAGGCAACGUGCUGUACUGUGUGUUGUCAUGGAGAGCAUCCGUACCACUCGACAAUGCUCACUCACCAUGCAUGCAGGCAUGAGAACAAAAACAAGGAGGUUUCAGAUCGAUAAUGGACAAAAUCAUAAGGGCUGGGACAAAGCCCUUGUCAUCCCAGCUCAUACAACAAUUGCAUUUAGUGUAUUUGAGCUUUAUAUCCAUUUGGACGGCCAUUUUGAAUUGUGUGUAACAUCGGAAUCAAAAGGUGGUUAUGAGAAGGAACAACUAACAGACCAGUUGGGCGAUUUAAGGAACCGGUUUUCAGUGUGGAAAUUGCGACGAUGCCUGUCAGACUUUUUUUAUGGCAGCCCAUUCAGAUCAGAUGACAAAGGGUUGGACAGCAACAGGAAUUCAGAUCUUUACUUGGAGGAUUUAGUUGCUGAUUAUUAUGAAAAAGCUACCAGCAUGACAGAUGUUUCCACGAACUACCUUCGAGAUAACGCACACACGCGAGUCAAUCUUCUCAACAACAAUAUUGCCAAAGGACCCUGUGCUCUCUGUGGCAUGGGAAGUUCCCGAAGAGAGACAGUGUAUGGAUGCCUUGAGUGCUCCUUCAAUGGACAGAAAUAUGUGAGACUGCAUGUGGUGCCGUGCUUUGAUCUGUGGCACAGAAGACUGAGAUAAUAUGCAUCGUUUGCCUGGGUUGGGUCUCUUACAGUAGUAAUAUCCGUUAAUAAUAUUGAUUUUCUUAACAAAGCAAAUUUCAGCAUGCAUAUGCACAAUCUCACAAGUUUUAAAAUUGUAAACCAUUUCAUGUAAAGGACAUUGUUGUGACACAAGAGAGAUUAUAGUAGCAAAAUAUUAUUACUAACAAUGCUACUUAUUUUCUACAACUCUACGACUAAUAUGAGAAGGCACAGUUUUAAGGUGCUUGGAAGUAGGCACAGAAGAGAUGCCAAGGUGAGUUUUUUUUUUAAAAAACGCAGAGCGUGGCAAGUGUGUGGAAUGGACUGCCGGCGAUGGUGGUGGAGGCAGAUACAACAGGGUCUUUUAAGAGACUCUUGGAUAGGGACAUGGAGCUUAGAAAAAUAGAGGGCUAUAGAAAACCUUAGGUAAUUUCUAAGUAAAUACAUUCGGAACAGCAUUGUGGGCUGAAUGGUCUGUAUUGUGCUGUAGGGUUUCUAUGUCUCUUAAUAAAUGAUAAUGUGACUUAAUAGAGAUUUUUCACUGUAGAUUUGAGGCUCAUCAUAAACUAGGUUAUUAAAUUCAUUAAAAGGUAUCAAAUUGCUAAUACACAAAGGUUUUCUAAGUUAAGAUAAACCUACCAAUUGAUGUGGUUCUUAGUUUCAAUCUAGGCAUAGUGCCAUUCUUCAACAAGAUGCUUUCAAUUCUUUGCUCAUUGCUUACUAUCUGGUACUUCAAAAUUAAUUUGAAUUUAUCAGUGGUGUAUGGUGCAUUUCAUACAUGACUAUAUUCUUAAGCUGAGCAAGCAUACUACAAAAAUGUGCCCAUGAGUUCCAUUGUGCUAUAUUACCGCAGUAGUGAUUUUAAAACACUGCAACCAAGGGAAUUUGUGGAUGCUUGGAGGUACUCUUGAGCUCAAGGAAUUUUCCUUGGUACUCUGGUUGCCUCCAGCAUCUCAAAGACAUGUUAGUUGCAAGGUCCAUUGGCGAUUGUAAAUAACUCCCAGAAAGCGGGAGGACCAGAGUGGUGUUAAUGGGAGGUGGGGCCAGGGGAUGGGCAGAGACAGACGCUGAAACAGAGAGGCAGAAACAGAUAGAGGGAGAGACAGGGAGGAGGUUGACACGAGGGACAGAAAGGGAGAUGGGGGAAUGGAAAGGGAGCCUACCAGGAACAGAGGGAGAGAGAGACCAACAGAGAUGAAGAGGAAGAUUUAUGAGAUUGCGCCAAGGUACCAUAGACUCACCUCUGCUUUUAGACCACAAGACAUAGCAGAAUUAGCCAUUCAAGUUAAGUCUGCUCCACCAUUCCAGAGACUGAUUUAUUAUCCUUCUCAACCCCAUUCUCCUCUCUUCUCCCUGUAACCUUCGACGUCCUUACUAAUCAAGAACCAAUCAACCACCGCCUUAAGUAUGCCCAAUUACUUGGCCUCCACAGCAGUCAGUGGUACUGAGUUCCAUGGAUUCACCACACUCUGAAGAAAGAAAUUCAUGGUUUUCUCUGUUCUAAAGGGACCUCCUUCUAAUCUGAUGCUGUGCCCUCUGGUCUUGGACUCCUCCACCAUAAGGAACAUCUUCACCACAUCCAGCAGCAGCUCCUGACCAUCUCUCCAUACUCUUCUAGCCUUCCCUGCUCCACACACAUAAUCCCACUGACCUUAUCCAUCCAACCCUCCCUACCCUAUGUUGUACCUGCAGAGAUCACCUGUGGACAACGUAGCCGCACCUCAAAAUGGUACAAUCGCCCACAACAUUUACUUACUUUGAUAGAGUCUCUAGUUUUAGAUGGAAAAUGAAAGAAUUUUGCACCAGCAGUUAACCCAAGUUUUAAAACUUGCAGUGGAAGUAAUCAUGUGCACAAAUACCAAUAAUUUUCUAAAUAUAGGAGUCCAAAGCCAGAUUUGGAUAACAAAUGAUCUACAGUGUAAAUCUUAUUUCCUUACACUUGUGUUUGACCUAUUGGAAAGUUGGAGAUUUGUGUAAAUUAAGAUCUGCCUUUCAAAAGUCAGUCAUAAAUGCAGUACAGUAAGUCAUGAGAUUCUUCCAUUUUAAUCUAGCAAACUUCUGGAAAAUUGAACCACAAAAGAUUAAUACAAACUUUAUCAGAAGACUUCUUACUUUGUUGUAUAACUAAUUCAAUAUUUAUACUGUAUAAUAAAUCCAUUUUCACAUGUCGUUGACAAGAGGUCAAUGAUAUUUUAUUUCACUAUUUUUAAUCUAUCAUCUUGAACCAUCUGAAAUGCUGAUUAUACCAAAAGACAAUAUUAGUAAAUGUGGAGAAAUGCAGCAGAAAUUCAGUGGUAUUUCAGCAAACAUACUAAACAAUUUAAUAUUUUUAAUAUUUUUCCACAACAUUUAAUUUGGAUUUCCAAAUGUCUCUUUGAUGCAUGUUAUUUGUUUUAUUUAAUCUGCUUGAAAGUAUAUUUAAUUUUCUCUCGGCCUAUCAUCCUCUGUCUACAAGUCUAUUCUGUAAGAUCCAGUAGCAUGUCUUUAAGGUGACACACUUGCAAAGCCAUCUCCCUCAUACAGGAAGGAGCCCAAAAUAUGUCCCACCACAUUUCUGAAUGACGGGUUCCUAGCCUUCUCCUAGAAACACUUCCAGAUAUACCCACUUUGUAGUUAAACCUCAGCUUAACCUUCUGUGACAAGGUUGUGGCCUUCUUGGAGUUAUGUUCAUUGGCUUGCAUCAAACUAGACAGAUGUUGUCACUUAGCAUAUCAAACAUGGUCACAGGUUAUAGGCAAUCAAUAGUCUCUGUGAUACUUUUGUGAUCAAGAGUUUUGUGUACUUAUGGUAUUUCUGUACUCAGAGUCAACCUUGACAACAUUAUUGUUCUGUCUGAACAUUCAGAGGCAUCUGUCACUGUAAGUAUGUAAUUCAAAGGAAACAUCUUCAACCCAAAAUAGUGAAGGAAACAAUAUCAUUGUAACUUUGGAAAUUGUAUCAGGUUUAACUUUCAUUUUAAUGGUAUAAAAUGUGUUGUACCUUUGGCUUUUACCUAGAAUGUCUCCAUGAGAAUGCCUGUUUGUUGUGCUGAAUAAAGAAUUCUGUACCACCAACUUCAGUGUCUCUCCAGUGACUUUGACAACAGUCACAACAGUCUUCACUCAGAAGAUAUCCUAAAUGCUAAAAAAGGGAAGAAGGGUCUUGGCCAGAAACAUCGACUGUUUUACUCUUAUCCAGAUGCCGCCUGGCCCGACCAAGUUCCUCCAGCUUUUUGUGUUGCUAAAAAAACUGCAACAGAUGCAAAACAUCAAAGACAAUAAACACUAUUCAGUCCACUUUUAUUCAGUGUGUGAGGACUGACUUAGUUUUUACUGCUUAUCCUCAAAUGUGCUCAAACUGCAAGUCUACUUUUGAGGUAAAUUAAC